UCUCGGGAGUCUUCCAGGCGGAUAGAUUGGCAUUACAAGCGUCUUUCGGACGUAAAUGAUCUGUCAACAAGGAACUUAAAAGUAUUGCACUUUGCAUGCGUAUUGCACAAUUCAUAAUCAAGAAGUGUCAUGGCUUCUGAAGGAAUUAAAAAAGAUGAGGCAGGUGCUUCAUCAGAUGGAGGGGCCUCAAGUGAGGAGAGCAAGAAACCCGGCCUGCUGGAACAGACAACCUCAUCAACAAGCACAUCAGCAGAAUGGCUGAGCAAGAUGUUCACCGGGGCCAUGAAGCUGGAAAAGGAAGAGAAGCCACCAAGUCUUCUGGAUGCUGUCACCUUUGAAGGGAUAGCACGCUAUAUAUUGUCUGAUAAAUGCAAGAAAAUUGUCACCAUGGCUGGUGCAGGCAUUUCCACUUCUGCCGGUAUUCCUGAUUUCCGGUCUCCGGGCACUGGUCUCUAUGACAACCUGCAGAAGUAUAACCUUCCAAAUCCACAGGCUGUGUUUGACAUUAGCUACUUCCGGGAGAACCCAGAGCCCUUCUUCAUUCUGUGCAAGCAGUUGUAUCCCACAAAGGCUUUCAAGCCGACCCCCUGCCAUUACUUCAUAAAACUGUUGGAGAAGAAAGGGAAACUGUUGACACAUUUCACCCAGAAUAUUGACACCCUGGAGCGUGUGACAGACCUGAGUGAUGAGAAACUGGUGGAGGCCCAUGGCACAUUCAACACGGGGCACUGUACACAAUGUUUGACCGAGUACGGCAGGGAUUGGAUGAGAGAUGAAAUAUUUAGUGAGCGUAAGAUUCCAAAAUGUACAAAGGAGGAAUGUAAUGGGGUAGUCAAACCCGACAUAGUCUUCUUUGGGGAAUGUUUGCCAAAGAAGUUUUCUCAACAUAUAAAGGAUGUCAAUGACUGUGACCUGCUGAUCAUCAUGGGAACGUCCCUGGUAGUUCACCCAUUUGCCUCCCUUACAAGCAGAACACGAGACGAUGUCCCACGUCUGUAUAUCAACAUGACAAACACAGAAAAAAUGGAUCCUCUGAUGGCCUUGCUGGGUGGAGGGGGCGGAGACUUUGACUUUGAUAAUGAGGACAAUAUCAGGGAUGUGUUCUGGCAGGGUACAUGUGACGAUGGCUGUCAGGCAUUAGCUGACCUUCUGGGAUGGGGGGAGGAGCUGAAAAAACUGGUAAAGGAGGAGCAUGCAAGGAUUGACAAACAAAACUCCACCGAGGAGAAGACCGUCCCCACGAAGGCCAAGGUCUAGACAGGCCAAGGUCAAGACAGGCCAGGGACAGGAUUUAUAUCUUUGUCAAUGCUGAGGAAGAACCAUGAAAGUGUAGGCAUCUGCCUUUUGUAAAAGUUGAUUUCUCACAUGGAACAGUAAAUUGUCGAAUGAAUGGGGGAUUUUUCUUAGGCUCUAUGUCAAAAUUACACAAAACUUAUACAGGCCUUUUUGUUAUUUUAAGAUAUUGUUAUUUCAGGGGAAAAUGAUGCUUCUUUUACAAAGUGUAUUUGUUAUAGUUAUAGGAUAUGAAUUUGUUUCAUACUUUUACUGUCUUGUUAGUGAAUAGAGGUAGUGGACUGUGCAAUGUUUCUGCCAAUUUUUAAAAGUCAUGUUUGUUUUCUUAUUGUCACCUUUCUUAUAACAUGUCAAGAUCAUAUUCAGACAUGUUGUACAUGUAUAUUGUUGUCCCAUUUUAGUUUAUUUACCAAAAAUAUAUUUUGUUCAAUGCUUUAAUGCUCAGCUGUGAUAACCAGACAAUAAAUUAAUCCUCUUUACCAUA